AUGACUCGCUUUGGUUUCCUCUCUCUGGCUCUGCUCUCUCUUCAGGCCUUCGUUGGCACCGGCUUUGCUGCUGAUGCUGAGAAUGCUGAACCAGAGGCUCGCGCUUUGGCUGUCUCGGCCGAGGCUUCCUUCCCUGAUUCCGAGAUCUUCGGUAUCAAGCUCGUUAACGGUCACCCGACCCAGGCGCUGAUCGCCGUUUCCAACGAUGAACCGAACCCUAUCACGGUGAACUUCGUUGGAGGUAGUCUUCGGGAUAUCGACGACGAGUCCAAGAUUGCUCGUAACUUGACUGCUACUCGUUACGCCAUCGAGAUUCCCGCUGGUGAGAAGGAGACCAUCAGCUACAGCUUCGCCACCGAGAUGCACCCCCAGGAUCUCCAGAUGAUUCUCUCUGCUAUCAUUUCGGACAGCGAGGGCCGUAUUGCUCCUAUCGUUGCUCACAACGGUACCGUCAGCAUCGUUGAGGCGGAUACCAGCAUCUUUGACCCUCAAAUUAUCUUCCUUUACUUCUUCCUGCUCGCCUGUGUUUCUGGCACCGGUUACUUCUUCUACACCGUUUGGGUCGCUCCCUACUUCCCCCAGAAGCGCAAGUCCGGAAAGACCAGUGAGAAGCGCACCCAAGGUAGCUCUAAGCGCGUUGAGACCCAGGCUACCGAGGAGACAUCCAGCGGCGCUGCUGCCUCUUCUGCCACCACCUACAACGCUGAUUGGAUUCCCUCCCACCACAUCAACCGCCCCGAGGCUCGAAAGGUCAAGGGCCGCUCCAAGGCCCGUGCGUAA